UAAAGCGGAGCAGGGGGAGGAGGGGUUGAGGGCAUUCAUCGUCACCACCUCUCUCUCCAACUCUUCUGACAGCGCCCGACACAGAAGCAAAAAGUGAGCACACAGGAUAUGAGCAAAAUAAAUACCCGGACACUUUCUAUCCCCCCGAAGUUGUAUUGAGGUCGAUGCCGAGAUUUAGCAAGGUUGGUUGGAUGUGUCUUUGUGUUACAUGUGAUCCAGGAUAUAGCAGAGAAGAACUCAGGAAGAACUACCCUGUUGACCCGUUGGAAGUUGGAUUGCACAACCACAAGUAGCGAUUUUCUUUUGUAACGCCGGUACUUAUUUUGGGAAAACAAUUUGUACUGUUUUAGAUGUUAGAGGAUCUUUUUGUGUGGACUUUUAGGAUGUCGUCCUCACAGGGUCUGUGAUCUAACACCCAAAGCUGUCAGUUUUGGAGGGUUCUGAACGGAUGACAGCCCAGGAGACGCACCAGAGUGGCAUCUACAGCUACUUCCUCAACAUGUUUGCCUACCAGAUAUGUUGCUGCUGUGGCCCGGCCCCGUGCUCACUGUGCUGCUCCUUCUGCCCCCCGGUGAAGUCAUCGUCCAGCACCAGGAUCAUGUACACACUCUUCCACAUCAUGGCCUGCGCCGUCUCCUGUCUCAUGCUCUCACGCACUGUCUCCGAGGCUGUCCGGGACAAUGUGCCUUUCUUCAACAUGGUGUGUGACCAGGCCCAUGGCGGAGGGCACUGUGAGAUGCUGGUUGGCUACUCAGCGGUCUACAGGGUCUGCUUCGGCACCGCCUGCUUCUACCUGAUGAUGGCGCUGUUCCUCAUCGAUGUCAAGUCCAGCCAGGACUUCAGAGCGCUCAUCCACAAUGGGUUCUGGUUUCUGAAGUUCAUCACCCUGCUUGGGAUGUGUACUGCUGCCUUCUUCAUCCCUACCGAGUCCUUCCUGCAUGCCUGGCACUAUGUAGGCGUGGUGGGAGGAUUUGCCUUCAUCCUCAUCCAACUCAGUCUCAUCACAGCAUUCGCCCACACCUGGAACAAGAACUGGUUAACAGGGGCGGUAGAGGACAAGCGCUGGUACCUGGCGGUGAUGUGUGCCACCCUGUUCUUCUACAGCAUCGCCACCAUGGCCUUCACCUUCAUGUAUAAGUACUACACCCACCCCACCGCCUGCCAGUCCAACAAGGUCCUGCUCUGGACCAACCUGACCCUGUGUGGCAUCAUGUCCUUCAUCGCCGUCACGCCCUGUGUACAGCAGAAACAGCCUCGUUCAGGGCUCCUGCAGGCUUCCAUCAUCAGCUGCUACGUCAUGUACCUCACCUUGUCUGCCCUGUCCAGCCGGCCCCCAGAGAAAAUGGUGUACCAGGGGGUGAAUAUGACGGUAUGUUACCCCAGUGUAGGUCAGGAUGGCAUCCAGAAGGAAACCAACGCGGUGGCCAUUAUAGGAGCUGCCAUCAUGUACUGCUGUGUGCUCUUCGCAUGUAACGAAGCAUCCUACCUAGCAGAGGUUUUUGGCCCUUUCUGGAUGAUCAAAGUUUACCGCUAUGAGUUCCAGAAAGCCACAUGCUGCUUCUGCUGCCCUGACAAAGAGGAAGAGGUGGAGUUUGUGAUUGACGAAGAUAUCAAGGGCUGCCAGAAGGUGAUUCACAACGAGAGCCAGAGAGUGGCUUACAGCUACUUCUUCUUCCACUUCGUCUUCUUCCUGGCCUCGCUCUACGUCAUGAUGACCCUAACCAACUGGUUCAGCUAUGAGUCAGCGGUGCUGGAGACCACGUUCACCCACGGCAGCUGGUCCACGUUCUGGGUGAAGAUGUCGUCGUGUUGGGCAUGCGUGGUGCUCUACCUCUGGCUGCUGCUGAGCCCACUCUGCCACUGUGGCUCCGACUCGCACCGCCCGCGACGCUCCCGCAUUAAACGCCGCUCAGCCAACUCCUCCAGUCACGUCAGUGUCAGCGUCUGACCUGUGACCUUUGGGCCAGAGCCUGGCUUCUGGGGGUGGAGGAGAGGAUAGGACAGCUGGCAGGGGAAGAUGGACAAUUGCCCCCGCUGUGGUACCCUGAAGGUGGAGGGUGGUUUUGAUGAUGUCCCCUUGCACCCUCCACCUGUCUCCCAUAUUGAGGUCGGAUGUCAGGGGUCAGAGAUGAGAGGUCAAGGGUCAGAGACUCACUCCAGCUAGAAGGACAGACUAACAGACUAACCAGAGGAUUAAUGAUUGAAUCUGAUGUUCCUCACACAGACCACCUGAACCUCCAAACAUAGGCCAAGGGACUAACCAGACUGUGCUCUGAAACAGGAACAAAGACCCUAUACAGAAUCACUACAUCCUGCCAUCCAAACUGAUUUCGCAACAUUUCACUAUUGUUUCACUCGGUGAGUGAAGUAUUCAGUCUGAUUUAACCAGGCUAGAACCACUAUGGACUACUAUGCUGAGACUGCCAAAAGGGAACAAAAACGAUGAGCUCUUGACUCGCAUACGACAGGAGCUGUAGGGAAAUGUUGGCUGACUUUUUACUCUUUUUGAAUAUUUUAUUUCUUAUAGUAAGGACUGUGUUGCAUUUUUUAAAUUACAACCAGGGGUAGAUUUGUCAGUAGGAUCAUUCUUUUUCUCAGUGGUCUGAACAACUGAAGGUUUACCUGAAUGUUUUGUCAGUAGGAUCAUUCUUUUUCUCAGUGGUCUCAACAACUGAAGGUUUACCUGAAUGUUUUGUCAGUAGGAUCAUUCUUUUUCUCAGUGGUCUGAACAACUGAAGGUUUACCUGUAUGAUUUGUCAGUAGGAUCAUUAUUUUUCUCAGUGGUCUGAACAACUGAAGGUUUACCUGAAUGAUUUGUCAGUAGGAUCAUUCUUUUUCUCAGUGGUCUGAACAACUGAAGGUUUACCUGAAUGUUUUGUCAGUAGGAUCAUUGUUUUUCUCAGUGGUCUGAACAACUGAAGGUUUACCUGAAUGUUUCGGUGAAAGUUUCCCUGAACGUUUCACACCAUUUCGAAGGUUUACAUGAACAUUUUGCACAUUAGUGUGUUCAUACUGUUUGAUUAUGCUCGCUCUGGUGUGGAGCUAAUGUGAAUUAUAAAAUAAAAUAUUACUUAACACUUUCACCAACAGGUAUAAUGCUAUAUUACUUGUUAUAAGCAUGUAUGAGCCUUUAUAAUGCCUUACAAUAAGGCCUAUACAGUUUUAUGUUGGCCGAGCAAAUUUCCAAACGGACCUAAUGGCUUAUAUAGUCAGGAUCAUUGAGUUGAUUACAACACAUUAUAAGGGGUUCAUAUAUGCUUAUGACAAGUCUUUCAACACAUUAUAUCUGUCGGCUUUAAGUAAAGUGUUACCAAAUACUCUUAUACCAAUUAUUUAUUUCGCAAUGCCUUUUUAACAUCGUGGGAGUAGUGUAUCCAUUUCUAAAUUGGUUUUUGAAAGGAAAAUGUGGUAAAAUUGUUUUGGCAGUUAAGUUUUACAAGAAACCCCAGCUACAAGCCCCUGACAUGUUUGGUUUGAAGGGGCUCUCUGUGAUCUGGGGUGUAUUUGCUAGGAACGGAAUGGAAACAAAUGUGCCGAAACGGGAAGAGAUCUACCUGGAAUUUUCCAAUAUGAAACGCUUGUUUUUGAAUUCACAUUUCAAAAUGCUUCGCUACGGAGUGCACUAAUGAAUGCACCCGUGUUUUAAAAGAACCAUUGAGGAUCGAGAGCCACGUUUCUGUGAAGACUUCUCCACAGUUAAUGACCAAUAAUUUGACUCUGUAAAACCUUUGUGUACGAUUCUACAUUUAGGUCCUUUUUUAGCUAAUUUCAUGUUACUAUGAUAGCAGAUGUGUGAAGUUAUUUUUGUAAAUACAUUUUGUAAUGCAACACAGCUUCUGUUGAUUAAAGUGUGAUAUUUUUGUAAGCGAA